UUCAUUAUAAACAGAGAAGAAAAAUUCUGCAUGAUGGAAAACUCUUGGUGUUUAAAGAUAUUUUUCUUCCUUCACUUGAUGUUCUCUGUUGAAGGUCAGGUCUUUAAACACAGUUUCCAGGUAUGGAUGAGUCCUUGGGGAGCAACAAUCAACCCAGUUUCUGGUGCUUCUCAGUCCACAGGGAACCAGCAUAUAAUGUCUCUUGAAAACUUGUUAGAAUUACCCGAUGCAUGUCAGUUUGCCACACUGACUCCUAACACAGGGGCUUUGUCAAGUACGAGUUCCAUCCAAAAGCUGAGAGAUUCAAAGGGACGUACAUUGGGCAGCAUAAAGCCAAUGGUAAUAAAAAAUCUGAGAGCACAGUUCAUGAAAUCACUUCCAAUUGCUAAAAAAGAUGUUUUUCAAAGUGCUAUGGAUAUGUUCAGGACUGUACCACAGCAAGAUCAAGAGAGAAUUAUUGAAGCAUUUUCUCAAGGCACAUCUGCAAUAGCAGAAAUGGGAAACUUGUUUAGACACAUUCCCUCAGCUUGUAAAAGGAGUUUACAUCUUCAAGACAUCAGUGCUGAUCAGGCCAUUCAUGCUAUGGAAGGUAGUAAAGCAGACCCCAAAGUGUUAGAAAAUAUUAUAAAAGGGGUGAGGGACUCAGAAUUGAUGACACUAGUAAAUGAAAUGCAGGAUGAUUUAGAGCAUCUCCCAAAGGCAGAUUUAAGCAUAAUUGCAGUGACCACAGUAAAGAAACUGGGACCACAGCAAAUGACAGCAUCAGAUGUUGACAUGAUGGGUAAAGACCUUAUUUUGAAUAUGCCACCAGGAUAUAUGCGGCAGUUUUCAAGGGAGGCAAUUGAUAGAAUAAUCUCCCAUGUUAGCCAAGGAUUCACUGAAGGGCACUUGAGAUAUUCAAUGGCAUCCCCAAGAUGGUGGGAAACUGUAGCAGAAAGAGUAUACAGAUUGUAUCCGCAAGUGCAAGAUGAUACAACAUUUGACAAAGUCAGAAUGUUGCUGCCUCUGAUGCCAUUUAGAGCUUGUGAGAGUGUCCCAACUGAUUUGGUACAAAACAUUACCGCUGACUAUUUCAUUAAUGUAAGCUCCACAGUUUGCCUAGAUGAUAGUGGGACCCUUGGAAAUUCAGCGCAGUGUGGAAGAUGGACAUGGUUAAGUCGUAGAACAUACAAGUGUCUACAACACUUGUUAGACCAAAAGAAUAGAGGAGACAUAUUUAGAGAUCCAGAUUUAAGAAUAAUUGCUUCAAGAUUCCUGCCACAAGAUCAAAUGUUUAAUUUUGAUGAGAUAUCAUGCCAGGAUAUAGAAAAUGUGGCUUUGCCCAAAUUGUCACCAAGAAUUGCUUCCAAAAUCCGUAGAACUUGUGGGGGGGAAACUCCAACAACAUGGACAGUGCAAGAUGUAAGGAAUAUUGGAUCUACAGUGGCCACAAUACCUGUAAGUGAUCUGAAGCGCAUGGGCAAAACCGUUGCUUGCAGUCCUGAAGUAAAAGAACACUUGGCCAGCAUGGAAAAAUAUCAGAGAAAAUACAUUAUGAAGACCUGUUUUUCACCUGAAGAUUUUGGAGAUGCUCUUUCUCACGCCAAUGAGAGCCUAAUACUUGCAGCAUCGGAGGCCAGCUUUGAAAGUUGGAAGCAUGUCACCAAAGACAAGAUUCGCCAAAAUCCUUCUUUAGUCAGAGAACUGCCAAAUAUUGCCAAAACAUUGGUCAAGAAAAAGGGAGUGGGAAGAGCUGUUUUACGAGCUCUUGCAGAUCAGAUGAAAGAUAACUUGACACUCUCAGGGUCUAUCAGGGAGGUUAUGGAAACGUUAAGCAGUAAAGAAGUGUGUAAUUCUAUUACAUCUGUAGAAAACGAACUCGGGCAGUCUUCAGAACUCCAACUUACAGAUGCUCAGCAAAAAUGCCUGGCAAAGAAAAUAAAAGAGAUCACUUCAUUUUCUGACAUGUCUGUUGAGAAAUUAAGGUCUUUCAGUGGAAUUUUGAAAGGCAUGCCAUCCACAAUGGUGAAAGAAUUGAAUGUGUCAAACAGAAUGGCUAAUGCAUUUGCAUUUUGUGAGCAGUCACAUGUACCCCUCAAAACUCUUAAAGCUAUUAAAGAAGAACUGUUGGUCACUGGAUUAAAGGAACUAAAUGAUUCUGACUACAUGUCACAGCUUACUUUCGCAGAUGCCUUGGGACUUGGAAAAGAAUGUGUGCUAUAUUUUAAUUCAUCUGAAAUUCAAGCAGCUAGUGAUGAAACUUGUCAGGAAAUAUGCAGGAAAAUGGGAAAUUUAGAUCAAGUGAAAACGAUUCUUCCACUAAAAAGAAGAGAACUAAAAGAUGCUUGUCUAAAGUGCAUUGGGAAAGAAACUGGAACCCUUCAAGAGGAAGAUCUAGAUGUCCUUGGGAAUUUAAUUGCUGAACUCGGUGCCAGUGAACUUCAGAGCAGAGUGAAUAAAACAGCAUUGGCCAGUAGAAUUGAGAUACUACAUGGAAGCUGUAGAAAAAAAGAUUUUAAUACACAACUUGGUUCAAUAUUAACAGACAAUUCAAUGUUUGGUCCUCCUUCAGGGUGGGACAGCAAUACAAUGCUGAGACUGGGAGAUUUGUCAACCACCCUAUCAGAGACAGACUUUGGGAGCAUCUCUGAUGAUGUUAUAGUUGAUUCACGAGACUCCAUUAUAAACUCCAUCUCCCCCACAGAUAGCUAUUUACAAGAAACCAACAGGAUUUGUCACUUUAGUUUGGAUGACAUUGACAAAACAGACAGGGAAAUUCGAAAAAGAAUGGUAGACAGUGCUGUUUUCAAUGCAGUGAAAAGCACUGUUCAGGUGUCAAAGAGGGGAAGAGAUGACAUAGAUAAGCGAUCAUCAGUGCCAUGGAGUUGUGCAGAUAUUAUGACUAUGGGAAGUACCAUUGUCCAAGCUACUGCACAGGAGUUGGAAGCUAACAUAGACGACAGUGCUUUUGGUGAUUGUAUAUUGAACUUAGGACAAGUUCAGGGAUGGAGUACAGAGCAAACUGAAGUUCUGUUACAAAAAGCUAUACAGUUAUGGGGUCAACCGUGUACUAUGAGUUCAGCUGAUGUAGGACUUCUUGGCAGUAUAGCAGUUGGUCUCAGCGGGUCCCAUAUUCAAUGUUUAAACCUUACUCUUGAUGACACAGUGGCCACUUUGGGAGGGCAGGCUACUUGGUCAGAUGAGCAAUUGACAAAGCUAGCAGAAAGAUACAAGGUAACUCAUGGUGCUGGAAGUUUGACAGAAUCUUCUGUGGCAGUAUUGGGCCAUAUAUUGUGUGGGUUUACUGAUGAUGAGUUAAACCAAAUAAGUGGAAGUGUUUUCAUAUCUGUUAGUGCUCUAGUAGGGAAUCUUAAGAUGUGCCCAGUUUCCAAGCUCCGCACAUUAAAAUCUGUCGCAACAGGAGGAGCAGCUUAUGGUUCCAUACAUGUUUGGGAUGCCUCAGUUUUCAGUGAUAUUGGCAUCGUCUUGGCUGGGUUAGUACAUGAGGACUUUCAGGCAAUAACUGAUAUAAGUGCAGUUGAGGGAAUGCAACCACAUGGCAUUGCAUUUGUUCCUUCUGAGGAACUAAAGGGUCUUUCUCCAACUUUUAUAGCAGCACUAAGUCCACUUCAGGCUUCUGCUGUGACAAAAUUGCAACAAGCACAGUUUACAACAGAGCAGCUGAAGGCCUUAGAAAAUGCUUUGGCUAGCACACCCUAUGUGGCACCAGUGGUACAUGUAGUUGAUAGUACAGCAGGAUUUUUAUACAGCAGCAAGAACUGGUGGAUAACCGUAUGUUUUAUUAUGUCACUGCACCUGUUGAACUACAACUGAGAUGAAAAAAAAAUGCCCAAGCAUGGACAAAGGAAUUCAAAUAUUCAUUUUUAAGCCACAUUAAAACAAAACAAACAUUUGUUUAAUAUUAAUAGCAGACAAUUUCAAGCUAAUAAGUAACAUUUAAUAUGCCUGUUAAUGUUGUUAAAUUUCUUUAUUGUUGCACAAUAAAGGUUUUUUGUAUUAUAUUGCUUGCUGUAAUUGAUUGUAUUGUAAUGGAUGGUUGAAAUAUCAGCUGUGCUCUAUAAUUACAGACAACUAAAGAUGAAAGGAUUGGUUCACAGAAAGUCUUAUUGAAUGUACUAGAGCAGCCAAUCUAAUAUUUUACAAAAAUAUAUAUAUAAAUAAAUAAAAAGAAUGAAAAUACUAGUAACUAAUAUGAUCAUUUCUGAAUAAAUAUUUAUUUUGUCAGCCAUGAUACAAUUAAAUACAAAGAAGAUAAAACUAUUAAAUAUUAAGUAAAAACCUAAGCAACAUGCAUGGAUAUUGUAACCCUCUCCUGGCAGUGUCAUUAUAUCAUUAUAAUUACUGUUAGCAAACUGAUGUCAGGCAUACUACCUGUUGAUUUUCCAGAUCUUGCACUGGUAAUAUGCUUUAUUACAUUAAAAUAUUAUAAUAAUUUAUUAAUACAAAUGCGCAUAUAAAAUGGCAUAAAAUUAUGUCCAUCACCCAUUUGUAUAUCUAACAUAAAACAAUUAUUGUAAAAACUAUAUAGAGGUUUAAAAUGGAUUUCACCUGAUACCAGAAACUAUCAUUUAAAUGGCACUGUCCUAGAAAACCAUUUUUGUUGGAUCUUAGUUACAGUAAUAGCUGUGUUAUGUAUCAUCAUCAAAGGUUCUCUCAUCAGAGACAAUGGCACUGACAUCUCUCAAAUAAAAUCAUAUUGACCGAUUUGGCUACAUUCUAAAAGAGUUCUAAUGAAGUAAGGAAACACUUUAUCAAAACUAAAAUUAAUUUCUUUCCAACACAAGACUGCUUUCCUUUAAGCAUUAAAAUAACUGUCAAGUGAGCAAUCUAGUUUAACAGUAAACUAAUGAUUAAAAAUCCAUAAAUAUUUUAUGUUAGAGAACAAAAAAAAAAUAGGCAGCUAAAGCAGCUUCAUGUACAGACCUGUACCUUCAUCAAAACUUUAGAUAGCCAAUAAAGUUUUCUGUUUUGUGCUAUAUCAAUAUGCAUGUUGUGAAGUUGUGACACAAUGGUGUAUAAACACCAGCAAUUAUUAUAAGUACUAAGACUGAACAAAAGCAAAAAACAGAACUUGAAAAAAAAAA